GUGAUUUUACUUUGAAAAAAACAGAUGCUUGUUUAUUUUAUACAUAAUAAAAACAAAUGUAAUGCAAUUGAAUUCUGAAUGAAAGCGAGUGCUUCUUGUAAGAACCAGAACUCAGAAUGGACAGCGUGAACAUUACUUUACCAGAUGACGCUUGGAAAGACUCUUUUGAUAAAUUAUUGGACCCGCGCCCACAACUCCGUGAGCUUAACAUAAUUAAGAGAAAUGUUCGAAGAUCGUUCAACUUUGACUCCAGCGUCGAAAAUAGCAAUUCCAACUUAUUGAGCGUCAGCAAUGUGUCGCACCCAAACCUCUUGGAGCCUAAGACUCCAGGACCUUCAGCAAAUAUGAAACUUACAGCUAACAAUGUCUCUUCGAUUUCCACUCCUUGUCCCAAACGUUUGCGGUCGAUGCUAUUUGAUUGCGCAUUAUCACCUAUUGGCGGGCUUAAACUGGAUGGACUGAUAGCUGAUUUAAAUCCUAAGAUGAUAGAAGUCAAAGAAAAUGCAGAGGCGCCAAUACGUAAGACAAAGCAAGUUUGCUUUAAACCCAACGUAGAUAAGCCUCAAAUUGCUGUUGCCGACCGCAAACGAACUAAGACUGUCUUAGCUGAGAUUCGCCGAUCCUCACUUGUACUACAACCGGGAAAAUGGCAAAAGAACUUAAUCACCUGGCGGCGCACAUGUCAUCAGCAGGACAUGCCCCCCAGAAGCGAUCCUGGCCAAAAGCAAUCAUUACCCAUAAAAAGUACACCUGCAGUUAACUUAGAAGCUACAAUACGAAAUAGUCGUAAGUCCGUCAAUGUAAAGACCAGCUUGGAAGCUGUUAUGCCAUUAAGUCACGAGAAACAAGUACUUAAAUAUUGUAAUCAGCGUAGAGCGCUAAGAUUUGGCACAGCAUAUGCGGCAUCGAAAAUGAUUGGUUCAUCAAAGAUUGGAGAGGGAGUUUAUGGCGAGGUUUUUAAAUAUACGCCAAAGAAUAGUACAGAAAUAGAUGUUGUUCUCAAAGUGAUACCCAUUGAGGGUGAAAUCCAAGUUAAUGGCGAAACACAAAAGACGUUUGAGCAAAUAUUGCCUGAAAUUAUAAUUUCCAAAGAAAUGUGUAAUCUGCGCGAUAAUCAAGCAAAUGCAACGCUUGGCUAUGUGGACAUAUAUAAUGUAUGCUUAGUCAAAGGACAUUAUCCGGAUCAUUUAAUACAUCUUUGGGAAGACUUUGAUUCAGCGAAAGAGUCUGAGAACGAACAUCCCGAGAUUUUUUCAGAUAGCCAACUGUUCAUAGUGCUGGAAUUAAAAUAUGCAGGCACAGAUUUAUCAACAUUUACAUUUUUAAACGCCGAACAAUCUUAUUACGCACUCCAGCAGAUCGCAUCGGCGCUGGCAGUUGGUGAGGAAGCAUUGCAAUUUGAGCAUCGGGACUUGCACUGGGGCAAUAUACUCAUCGAAAAAACCGACAACAGAGAACUGGCUUAUAAACUUAAUGGGAAAGACCUUUCGGUUAAGACAAAAGGCAUUAAAUUGACAAUCAUUGACUAUACCUUAUCAAGGGUUACUGUGGAUGAGAAUUGCCACUACAAUGACCUCUCCGUGGACGAAGAGUUAUUUGAGGCCACCGGAGAUUAUCAAUAUGACAUUUACCGCAUGAUGCGGGAUGAACUCAAAAACGACUGGUCAAAGUAUGCGCCAAAGACGAAUGUGUUCUGGUUAUCGUAUAUUAAUUCGAAACUAAUAGACGGUGUCAAGUACAGAAACCCCAACAGCAAAACACACAAAUUAUAUUUAGAUAAGCUGAAGACCUUACAGGACAUUAUGCUGACAUUUAGCAGUGCAGGCGAUUGCAUUAGACACAUUAACAACUGCAGUUAAUGGCUGAAUUUAUAUUUUCAAACAGCCUAGCUUAUAUAUUUUUGAAUAUUUUAUUUAUUGAAGU